AUGGAUCAAGCACAGUAUGAUGCCAUCAAAGAUAAUUGGGGAGAAGUGGAGGAUCGAGAUGGGGUCAGACUCAGUUGGAAUACUAUUCCUUCCACGCGGAUGGAAGCAAACCGCCUGGUAGUUCCCUUGAGUUGCUUACUGACGCCACUGAAGGAGCUCAACAAACCUCUUCUCAACUACGAACCUGUCACCUGCCGGGCACCUUGUCGCGCGGUCCUAAAUCCCUUCGCGAACGUCGACGUACGAGCAAAAAUAUGGAUCUGCCCGUUCUGUCUGCAGCGAAACGCCUUGCCGCGACACUACGGAGACAUCAGCGCUGAGAAUGUUCCCCCUGAGAUGCACAGUUUGAAUACCACAGUUGAAUAUCAGCUUGCUAGACCGGCACCUGCUGCGCCGAUAUUCGUCUAUGUAAUAGAUACCGCGAUCGAGGAGGACGGUUUGCAGGCGCUGAAGGACACUCUUGUCAUGAGUCUGUCACUUCUGCCGCCUAAUGCCCUCGUGGGGUUGAUCACUUUUGGCACCAAUGUUGCAGUCCAUGAAAUCGGCUACACGGAAUGCCAGAAGGCCUAUGUGUUUAGGGGAAGCAAGGACUACGCCGCAAAACAGGUCCAGGAGAUGCUUGGCCUGGCUGCUCCAGGCCUGAGGCCAAAUGUACCACCUCAGCAGGGACGACCACCUCCGCCUAUGGGCCCUGCUGCUCGAUUCCUCCUUCCAGUCCAGCAAGCAGAAUUUCAGAUCACCAACACAAUUGAGCAGUUGCAGAAGGAUCCCUGGCCAGUUGCAAAUGAUCGACGGCCGCUAAGAUGCACUGGCGUAGCCCUUAGUGUCGCUGCCAGUCUGUUGGAAACCUCCUUCCAGAACGCUGGAGCUCGCAUCAUGCUUUUUGCAGGUGGUCCAGCUACCGAGGGGCCUGGCUUGGUGGUUGCUCCUGAACUUCGCGAGCCUAUUCGAUCACACCAUGAUAUCGAUCGCGACAAUGUCAAAUACUUCAAAAAGGCCAUCAAAUUCUAUGAGGGCCUUGCCAAACGAACAGCCCACAACGGACAUAUUAUCGAUCUCUAUGUCGGCUGCCUCGACCAAGUCGGUCUUCUUGAAAUGAAAGGCCUCGCAAACUCCACUGGAGGACACAUGGUCCUAACCGAUAGCUUCACCUCAUCCCAAUUCAAGCAGUCUUUUGUCCGAGUGUUUGACAAGGAUGAGAACGACAAUCUUCUCAUGGGAUUCAACGCCAACAUCGAGGUUAUCACCACGAAAGAGCUCAAGGUGACAGGUCUCAUUGGCCACGCCGUGUCUGCAAACAAGAAGUCUAGCUCCGUUGGCGAAACAGAAUGUGGUAUUGGCAAUACUUCAGCUUGGAAAAUGUGUGGCAUUAACCCGACCUCAAGUUAUGGCAUCUACUUUGAGGUUGCAAAUCAAGGAGGCCCGACACCUAUGCAGCAGGGUCCACAACGAGGUAUGAUGCAAUAUUUGACCUAUUACCAGCACUCAUCCGGACAGUAUCACCUUCGUGUGACGACGGUGGCACGAAACUUGAGUGGCCCAGCAGGCGAUCCGGCCUUGGCACAAUCUUUCGACCAAGAGGCUGCAGCAGUUCUCAUGGCGAGAAUCGCGGUUUUCAAAGCAGAGGUCGAUGAUGGGCCAGACGUUCUCCGAUGGGUUGACAGAAUGCUUAUUCGGCUCUGCUCUCGUUUCGCAGAUUACCGCAAGGACGACCCGACCUCGUUCAGACUUGACAAGAACUUCACACUAUAUCCUCAAUUCAUGUUCCAUCUCCGGCGGUCGCAGUUCCUACAAGUGUUCAAUAAUUCACCAGAUGAGACUGCAUUCUACCGACAUGUAUUGAACCAUGAAUAUGUAGGAGAUUCCUUGAUCAUGAUCCAGCCCACCUUGGACUCAUAUAGCCUUGAGCACGAAGGCGGUCAGCCUGUUCUCCUUGACUCUGCUUCAAUUCAGCCACAAACAAUAUUGCUACUUGACACAUUCUUCCAAAUCCUCAUCUUCCACGGCGAAACAAUGGCUGAAUGGCGAAAGGCUGGCUACCAAGAGCAAGAAGGUUACGAGAAUUUCCGCACUAUCCUUGAUGCUCCCAAGGAGGAUGCCCGAGAAUUGGUUCAAGAUCGCUUCCCAUUACCAAGAUUCAUCAUCUGUGACGCCGGAGGAUCACAAGCCCGUUUCCUACUGUCGAAAUUGAACCCUUCCACAACACAUGCAACUGGUGGCUACGGUGGAGUUUCACAAACAGCACAGACAAUCUUUACGGAUGACGUGUCUCUGCAAACAUUCAUGGAUCACUUGAUGAAGUAA